AUGGAAAAAUUAAAACAAAGAAAAGUGAUAUCUGAAAAAGAAGAGGAAGAUUUCAUCAGCAAGCUUCCUGAUGUACUUUUAUCUUGUAUCAUUUCUUUACUCCCAUUCGUAGAAGGUGUGAGAACUAGUGUGCUUUCAAGACGUUGGGAAACAGUGUGGAAAUACUCAUCUCACCUUGAUUUUGACCAAGGGAAAAUGUUGAAGCCUUUGAUCGACAAAUACAUUCAAACUUCUGAUCCAACUACACGCCUUAAAAUGGCUAUGUGUCGCAAGAUAUCUCCCGGAGAUGAGCGAUAUUUUGAUACAAUUGCUGAAGCAGCCAUGUUGAUUACAUCAAUUAUGGACAAUCACAUUGGUCCUUUGAAAAGUUGUAGUAUUCGACAUUUAGUUGAGAGUUGUGCAAGUGGGGAUGUUGUUGGGUGGAUGAGAAAGCUUUUGGAGAAAGAGGUGCCAGAGGUUUCAGUGGAACUUGAAUGCUUUGAUUAUUUUCGCUUGAUAAAUGAUAUAGUCUUAAUGGAAGUUGGAUGCACCCUCAAUAUUCCUUUUGAAGUUUUCUCUAAUUUUAAGGUUUUUAAGUUGAAGAACUAUAGAUUCACACCUACACAUUUCUCAAACUCUUCUCAGGUCUUACAGACUCUUACUCUUGACAAUCUGGAUAUUAAACCAAACAAUUUUCAAGAUAUCCUAUCUCACUGCUCCUCUCUUGAAAACCUUAUCAUUGCUAGAUGUGAUUCAUUAGGAGUCAAUGUUAAGAUUGAUAGUUUGACUAUUAAAUAUCUCAAAAUUCAUGAUAUGAUCGUGCAAAACCUUUUGAUCUCUGCUGUUAACGUUGAAAUUGUAGAGAUUGACUCCAUUAUUUGUGAUAUUGGAGAAAUAAUUUUUGAGACCCCAAAACUUCAGGUUCUCCAUGCAUUUAGUGAUUUGGAAAAAUCUAAACACUUUUUGUCUCUUUAUGGAAAUAUGGUUUUAGGAACAACGGAUAUCCAUAAAAGAUACCGUGCAUCGGGUUACCGAGGUUCAAGCAUGGGAAGUAUAUUUCAAAAUCUGGUUACCCUUUCCCUGGAUUUAGAUUUGGAAAAAAGUAUUAAUUUAAUAGCUCUCUAUUCUGCCCUGAAGUUCUGCCGCAGACUGAUGAAUCUUGAAAUUAAUAACAAGGUAAACUUGGGCAAAGAAAAUGAGACAUAUGAUGAGAAUACCGAUGAUUCUAUGUCGUACGGAGAAUAUAUGUUUUGGCAAAAAAUGGAGCCAUGUGAGUGUAUUAAUAACCAACUAAAGUUUGUCCGUAUAAAGGGAUACAAAGGUGGAAAAUUUGAAUAUGAAUUUGUUAAGUACUUAAUAACAAAUAGCCAAGUUAUAGAGAAUAUUAUCCUCUGGUUUGUGGAUGACUCUUCAUGGGUUGAAGUUGUUGCAACUAUAUGUUUAUUAUCAUAUCCAAAAAUUUCUUCUAAAUUAUCCAUUGAUCUCAAGCCUGGACCGGAGUAUAAGAAAAAGUAUGGAGAUAACUUUGAAAAGUGGGUUACAACUCUAAAAUAA